CGGCAGGGAUCACGCACCUCCUAACCGAGAGAGGGGAAGCCGUCGGGCUGAACGACAGAAGACUGCAAUGUGCUACUCGCGGGUGGCACUGGGCAGGCUGCCUGAAUCUCUCCACUGCUCUCUUUCAAUCUUUUGAUCUCAUCGCCUUUUUUCCCUUCUCUCGUAAAACACGGUUCACAGCCUCCUUGAUAGGACCCCAGUCUCCGUGUGUAGCCCCGCCAGCUGACGGACUGGCGAUGCGACCUACGGAAACCGUCCUCAGAGAAGCUCGUCUCUGCAAGCGCCGUGCAAACUGACACUUCGGCAGCCUCGACGUUUCGCGGCUCGUCAAUUCCCAUAAAACACACGGACCUUGUGCACUUUUCUCCGACCCGAAUUACGCUGAUGUAAUCCGGGUACCUCCAGUGAAAUUCGUACUGAGCACCGAGCUGGAGGGGCUGCCCCGAUGUUUUUGGGACUGCGAGCGGCACUGAUGUUGGUAGCCGGGCGGACGGGUGUUUUCCUAAUACGCUUUUAACCAAGAAGGGGUGCAACACUCAUCCAGCGGCGAUUGCUGUACCCACCGGGGAUAAACACGCAAUUGUUUACGCUGCAAACCUAAACUGGGGGAUCGGGAGUCAGCGCCUACAGUUUCUUUGUAGUGAUGCCGGGAGAUAGAUGUGUUCCUGACGUUGCACUUAUUUAAGUCUUUAGUUAGUCCAACUUUGGUGGUACAGACCUGCCCCCGAUCGGAAAGGGACGUCAGAUUUGACGGUGCCUCAGCAUCGCUCCCGUCCAGCGGCGCAGCGGAGAACUUCGCUCUCAGACGUAGUGCAUCAGUUACCCGGCGUGUUUUAUGUCUUUUUUUUCUCGGGUGGAUUAACUUUCCAGAACCUAAAUGAAAUUGUCAGAAACUGCUGGAGCUAGGUGUACACCAAUCCGGGCUCCCCCAUGCUAGCGAUAACAGGGAUCCAAAGAAGAGAAUGCGGUGCAGAUCGUUCCUGGAAUCGGCUGGUAGUGAUCUCGCCGCCGCCGCGGGCAGAGCGGGUUAAGUGUUCCGAAGCGCCCCAGCCGUGUGCGCCUCCUGCUCGUCUGCCUGCCCCAAAGACGGAGGAAUGCUGUUCCGCGACCCCCCAGCGCUCAUUUUAAGUUUUUGGCGUUUUCUCUUCAGUCAUUGUUUUCUCACGUCUUUCUUGCUCUUGUUGCAGUGCACUCAAGGCGACCUCCAGAGGUCAUGCUCGCAGACUGUGACUGCGAAGGUGAGCGACACAUGCCAGCUGGCCUGCCACUGUAGACCCUACCCUCCGCUGCCCCCACCACCACCACCGCCUCCACCUCCCAGGCUGCUCGUUUCCACAGUGGCUGAAUCCAUUGUGCCUCAGAUGAAGCCCUGGUGGAAGGAGAUAGCUGUACUGGGAUCACUGGGAUGUGCUUCUGGGGUCUUCCUACUUCUGACUGCCAUCAUCUGCUAUAAGGCCAUAAAAAGGAAACCGCAGCGGAAGGAGGAGAACGGGGCGAGCCGAGGCAGAUCCUCGCUGAUAGGCGACGUAGGUGAAAUCCUGGAAGCCAAUGGACCCAACCUUCGGCAGGACGAGAAGGGAGGUGAACCACAAACAGGCCCAAACACACACGCAUGCAUCCCCCGGCCACUUCUGCAGAGAGACGGGAAGCCGGGGAGCGCAGAGCCUCCUUAAUAUGCACGGCCGAACGUGGCUGUUCUGAGCUGGGUGUCAGGUCUGCAGAGACGGGGCUGACAGCUGGCAGCCGCCUGAAAGGUUCCUCUCAAACACCUCCCAUCACAGGAACACAGAAUAACAAUAGCAAAUAGGAAAAUGCAUGCUUUUUUUUUUGCAGAAUGCAGCAUCUUUUUAAGAUUCGUCUCCUCCUUUCCUUCUGUCUCUGCACUUUUUUCCGGACCUGAUUCCCCUCUGGUGGUUUUCUGAGGCUUUCGUCAGUUACUUGUUACCACCGCCGGUGACCUGGCCGGGAGGAGGGGGGGGGGGGUUUCUAGUUCCAGGAGAGACCAGGAGAACUUCAGAGGCUUCCCCUGCUGCCUCAUACAGCUCUAGCAUAGCCACGAGAGCCUGAGAAACUGGAUUGCUGGCGUCCUCCGACUAUGCAAUUUCUAUGGGUGCACGGAGGUAGCAGAAAGCACGGCCCGCGUGCAGCAUCGCCAAGCACAAGCUGUCACAAUCGGCUCUGUCUCUGUCGAUGCCGGCUGAGGAUCUUUCUCUGUGUAACUCGUCGUCACGCCUGCUGAUUAAGUUAAUUAUGCAAAUUCCGGAGCUUUCUGUCUUGUUGUGGCGGUUUUACUAUGUAGUCUGUUUCUGCCCUCAUUUUGGCAUGGUAAUAAAUAAACUUAAUGAAUAAAAUCA